UCCCAUCGCUGCCGCGCACAUGUGUUUAUUUUCUUAUUAUUUGGAAAUUAAACAAAUCGUGUUCUUUGGAUUCUUUAGAAAGUAAAAAAUAAAAGAAAAAUGUUGCGAAGGCAAGCUCGACUUAGAAGAGAAUAUCUUUUUGAGAAGGCAAAGGAGACCAGAAGACACAAGAGUGAGGAAAAGAAACAAAAGCUGAUCAACAGUUUGACAAAUAACAAGACCAUACAUCCGAGUCUGCAACGAGAGGCUAUUGGCAUACAGGAGAAACUAAAAUAUAGUUUGGAUCAAGAAAAUCCCAAUGUUGACGAUGAGUAUCGUUAUGCCGGCAGUGAAGAUCCCAAAAUCAUGAUUACCACCUCCCAUGAACCAUCGGCCAGACUGAAAAUGUUUGUCAAAGAAUUGCGGCUCAUCUUCCCCAAUGCCCAACGCAUGAAUCGCGGUAAAUACGAACUUAAACAGCUGAUACAUGCCUGCCGGGCAAAUGAUGUGACCGACUUUAUCAUUGUCCAUGAACAUCGUGGUGUUCCCGACAGUUUGGUCAUAUGCCAUCUGCCCUACGGACCAACGGCAUUCUUUAACAUUUCCGGUGUGGUAAUGCGCCACGACAUACCCGAUAUUGGUCCGAUGAGCGAACAAAAACCUCAUUUAAUAUUUCAUAAUUUCAAAACAGAUUUGGGUAAACGUACAAUGACAAUAUUGAAACAUUUAUUCCCUGUACCAAAAGAGGAUUCGAAACGUGUCAUAACUUUUGCCAAUCAUGAUGAUUACAUUGCCUUCCGGCAUCAUACAUAUCAAUAUGUUAACAAAGAAUUGGAAAUGAAAGAAGUUGGACCGAGAUUUCAACUGAAAUUGUAUCAAAUCAAACUUGGCACAUUGGAUGAGAUACAAGCCGCCAAUACGGAAUGGGUAUUGAGGCCGUACAUGAAUACAUCGAUGAAGCGUAGAUUUUUGUCCGACGACGAUGGUUGGUGUCAAGAUGAGGUGGAAACGUAAAUGGAUUUUGUUUUACUAAAAAUCAGUAGUUAUUUUUUUAAAGGGAAAUAAAUAAUUGAUAGUUUUUAUAAAUAAGGUAAA